AUGCAGGGCUCGGCGGCGGCACUGCUGCUCCUGCCGUGGCUGCUGCAGCUGCUGCAUGCGGCAGCCGCGGGCAACGGCAGCUGCGCGCGGAGCUGCGGGGGCUUGACGGUGCAGUACCCGUUCGGCUUCUCCCCCGGCUGCGAGAUACCGCUCGGGUGCGACGACCAGGCGAACGGCACCGCGUGGGUCGGCGGCGCGCGCGAGCUCGGCCUGCUGGUGCACAACGUCACGGCGCGCGCUGUCGUCCUCUCCCUGCCCCAGGACUGCUCCCGCGGACUCAACGCCUCCAUCCAGGCGCUCUUCUCGAAGAGCUACGCGCCUGGCUCGCAGCACGCGCUCGUCGUGAGCGCGUGCAGCCCCGCCUCGCCGUCGCAUACCAGCAACUGCAGCGACGGCGACAGGUACCUCGACAGGUCGUCCCAGUGCAACACCACCGAGCCCAUCCGCUGCGUCCUGCCACCAGUAGUCCCACCACCGAUCAGCAGCGGUAGCGACCAACGUUUCUUCAACAGAGCCGAGAUGCAAACGCUCGCCGCAGAAUGCACCGGGCUCGUGUCAGCGGCGAGCUACUGGGACGCGCCGGCGCCGGCGCUGCUGCUGGGCGUGAUGGAACUGGAGUGGUGGGUGGUGGGCGAGACGUGCCGCUGCUCGCGCCACGCCACCUGCACCCUGGUCACUACGCCGAUCGCUGGGCAACGGGCGUUCCGGUGCGAGUGCCCCGAGGGGUACGACGGCGACGGCUUCGCCGACGGCACCGGUUGCUGGAGAGCUCCAAAAUGCAAUCCUUCAAAAUACCUAUCUGGAGAUUGUGGCAAGACGAUCCAAAUCGCCCUUCUCGUGGCAGGGAUCAUGUUUGGCGCCAUGGUGACGGGCGUGACCUGCCUGGCGUACCAACUGCUGAAGCGCCGGGCGCCCAGCGAGGUCAACCUGGCGCAGCUCGCCGUGGACAGGAUCGGCAGGGGCUGCGUCGACGACAUCGUCGACCCGUGCCUGGACCCGCACAGGGACGCGUGGACGCUCUCGUCCAUCCACAAGGUGGCCGAGCUGGCGUUCCGGUGCCUGGCGUUCCACAGCGAGAUGAGGCCGUCCAUGACCGAGGUCGCCGACGAGCUGGAGCAGAUACAGCGCAGCGGGUGGGCGCCAUCGGCGGAUGACGCCGCGUUCAUGUCGACGUCGUCGUCGAUCUCCUCGUCCGUAGCGUCGACGCGCGGCACGGACAGGUCGUGGGGUGCCGGCAGAAGCCGGACGGAGAGGGCCGCGGUGAAUGCGUCGUUGGUCGUGCAAGAGACGGCGGCGAAGGGUGCAGUGGAGUCCCCUGUGUCCGUGCAGGAGAGGUGGUUCAGCGAGAGGAGCUCCCCUUCCUCCAACAGCUUGCUGGGCAAUUGCUCCCAUGCACUGAACUGA